AUGCAACUGCCCAGGACCAAGUCCGAACUGGGCCAUGCCCUGGCCAAGGGCCUCGGUAUCAAGGUCGCAUACAGAGACCCUCUAGGUGCUACUAGUGAUCCUGUUACAAGAGGAGAAUCAACAUUUUCCAUGGGCACCGUCGACACAUAUUCAUACAACGAGCCCGAGCCGACAAGCGUCGACUGGAUCCGCGAGAUCACUCCAUCCGGAGCCCAAGUCGGCAGAUACUUCCUCAAUUUGUUUCCUUUCCUCACCUGGAUUGGCAAUUACAACCUACAAUGGCUCUUCGGUGAUCUGGUUGCCGGUAUUACCGUUGGAGCGGUCGUUGUGCCACAAGGUAUGGCCUACGCUAACCUGGCUGGACUAGAGGUACAGUACGGUCUGUACUCCUCGUUCAUGGGAGUCUUGAUUUAUUGGUUUUUUGCUACAUCAAAGGAUAUUACCAUUGGGCCCGUGGCUGUUAUGUCAACUUUGACUGGAACCAUCGUGUCCGAUGUCCGGGCCCAAUAUCCAGAGUACCCUGCUCAUUUGAUUGCAUCCGCUCUUGCUGUAAUCUGCGGUGGCAUUGUUCUAGUGAUGGGUCUACUACGUAUCGGAUUCAUUGUCGAUUUCAUUCCCCUCCCUGCUAUCUCAGCUUUCAUGACCGGCUCUGCUCUUAGCAUUUGCUCAGGCCAGGUUCCCACCAUGUUGGGCGAGACAGCCAAAUUUAGCACGCGCGGUGCUACCUACGAGGUCAUUAUCAACACCCUGAAAUACCUCCCCACUUCGACCUUGGAUGCUGCUAUGGGUGUCACUGCCUGUGCAAUGCUCUACAUUAUCCGUUCAGGGUGCACUUACGCCGCGAAGAAGCAGCCUUCUAAGGCCAAGGUUUGGUUCUUUAUCUCGACUCUUCGCACCGUAUUUGUGAUCUUGUUCUAUACAAUGAUCAGUGCCGCCGUUAACCUGCACCGAAGGGACCACCCGGCGUUCAAGAUCCUCGGGACAGUCCCCCGAGGAUUCCAACAGGCCGCCGUGCCCACUAUGGACUCUAAGAUCAUUAAAGCCUUCGUUGGCGAGCUUCCAGCUGCGGUUAUCGUUCUGCUCAUUGAACACAUUGCCAUUUCCAAGUCCUUCGGCCGUGUUAACAACUACACUAUCGACCCUUCUCAGGAAUUUGUGGCCAUUGGUGUGAGUAACCUUCUGGGACCUUUCCUCGGUGGCUACCCCGCUACUGGAUCUUUCUCCCGGACAGCCAUCAAGUCUAAAGCUGGAGUGCGUACGCCCCUUGCUGGUGUUAUUACCGCGCUCGUGGUGCUCUUGGCUAUCUAUGCACUGCCCGCUGUCUUCUUCUACAUCCCCAAGGCUUCUCUGGCUGGUAUCAUUAUCCAUGCUGUCGGUGAUCUGAUCACUCCCCCCAACACCGUUUACCAGUUCUGGCGCGUGUCUCCGCUUGAUGCGAUUAUCUUCUUCAUUGGUGUCUUUGUCACUGUGUUUUCUUCUAUCGAAAAUGGUAUCUACUGCACAGUCUGCGUGUCGGUUGCAGUUCUGCUUUUCCGUGUGGCCAAGGCCCGCGGUCAGUUCCUGGGCCGUGUCACUAUCCAUUCCGUUGUUGGAGACCACCUGUUGGAUGGCGAUGGAAAGUACGGAUCAUUCGGAACUAACAAGACUCCUUCCGACGACGAGGAUCGUCACCACCGAACUAUCUUCCUUCCUAUCAACCACACCGAUGGCUCCAACCCCGAUAUCGAAGUGGAGCAGCCCCUUCCGGGUAUCUUUAUCUACCGCUUCUCUGAAGGCUUCAACUAUCCCAACGCCAACCACUACACGGAUUCCCUGGUUGAAACCAUCUUUAAGCAGACCCGUCGAACAAAUCCCAACGCCUACAACAGACCCGGUGACCGUCCCUGGAACGAUGCUGGUGCCCGCCGCGGCGGCAAGAAGGGCGGCAACGACGACUCACACCUGCCCCUUCUCCAAGCUGUCAUUCUGGACUUCUCAUCCGUGAACAACGUCGACGUAACCUCAAUCCAGAACCUGAUCGACGUACGCAACCAACUGGAUAUGUACGCCGCCCCCCGCACCGUGCAAUGGCACUUCGCACACAUCAACAACCGCUGGACAAAGCGCGGCCUGGCUGCCGCAGGUUUCGGUUACCCGACCCCCGUCGCUAGCGACGGCUUCCACCGGUGGAAGCCCAUUUUCAGUGUGGCCGAGAUCGAAGGCAGCGCCUCAGCCGCCGCCCACGCCGAAAUCAUCGCCAACCAGCGCGAGCAGUCCCACCGCCGGAGCACGGAUAUCGAAUCCGGCCUCAAGUCCGAUUCCAACACCACCGCGCGCGAGACAGAGGGCGUCGAGACCGCAUCCGAGAACUCCGACAUCAUCCGCGAGGACAAGUUCCAGCGUGAUAUCACGGAUAGCAAGGCGUACCAGAGCCGUCCUAGGGUUGCGCUCGUGCAGGGCAUGAACCGACCUUUCUUCCAUAUCGACUUGACCAGCGCGCUUCAAAGUGCCGUUGCCAAUUCUUCGGAAGAGAUCCCGCAUAUUGGUUGA